UGAUAUAUCCUGGUCUUUUGGAUUUCCAUUUCUCACCUUGCCAAACAUCUUCUCUGAUCAUUCUCCGGCGACUCGUCAGCUCCUUCAAGCGGAAUAUACUAUCCAUCGGAUCGCUGUCUGGCUGAGGAAGAGAGAGAUGAGUGAGGUCUUCGAGGGAUAUGAGCGUCAAUACUGUGAUCUUUCCGCUAAUUUGUCGCGGAAAUGCACGUCAGCUAGUGUCCUUGAAGGAGAGCUGAAGAAACAGAAACUUUCUGACAUAAAGGCUGGAUUGGAUGAAGCUGACACUCUGAUUAGGAAGAUGGACCUUGAGGCAAGGAGUUUUCCUCCUAAUAUAAAGGGAACGCUUCUUGCUAAGUUAAGAGAGUACAAGACUGAUCUGAACAAUUUGAAGAAUGAAACAAAAAGAAUCACAUCUGUCAAUGUCAAUCAGGCUGCCAGGGAUGAGUUGUUGGAUUCAGGAAUGGCAGAUGCAAUGACGGUCUCUGCUGAUCAAAGAGGGAGACUAAUAAUGUCAACAGAGAGACUGAACCAGUCUACUGAUAGAAUUAAGGAGAGUAAAAGAACAAUGUUGGAAACAGAAGAACUUGGUGUCUCGAUACUUCAGGAUUUGCAUCAACAACGCCAGGCUCUCCUACAGGCUCACUCUGCGCUUCGUGGGGUGGAUGACAAUAUUAGCAGAAGCAAGAAGAUCUUGACAGCCAUGUCAAGAAGGAUGAACAGGAACAAAUAUAUAAUUGGCUCCAUAAUUGCAGCACUUAUCUUGGCCAUCCUUGUGAUCCUCUAUUUCAAGCACUUUCACUAACUGCUGCCUUGUGAAAUUCAGUUGUUUGAUUAUUGCUUUGGACUAAAACCUAUUCUUUUGUAUCUAUGUGCAUCCUAAUUGUAGUUGGGUGUCUUCUUUUUCUUUUUUUUUAAUGAUUUGGUUUUCUUCCCCUUUC